UUGAGCUGUUAAAACGUCAAUUGUUCUCUAAUCGUGGGUACAUUUGUUACUUAUCUCAUAAUUGUUAUACAAUUUCGAAAUUGCACACCUUCAAAUUAAACUAAUUACAAUUAUUACUCACAUUGUUUUUUCAUUAACUAUCUGAUGAUCAGAUUAUGAUUAUGUAAAUUGAAAAAUACAAUUAUUAGGUUCACGCGAUCAAGUACGUGCUAGUUUUUUUAGUCGAUUACAUCAAAGCAGUCUUCAUUAGUCACUCGCCAACAAACGUUUUAAUCGUCACUCUAUAAUAUUAUCUCAAUUAAAAUAUAAAAUAAAUAUGUAUUACAAUAAAUAUGACUCAGUCUACCAUAGAAAUUUAACUUCCUUGCAACGUAUUAUCUUUAAAAUAAUCGGACUAUCGCCCUGGACAGUAGAGAUUUCGAAACUAUCUCAUAAGAGCCGAAAAGUAGAUAAUGUCCAAAAUAAUAUCUGCUAUUUUUCAUACGCAGGAUCAUUUUAUAAUAUCUUAUUGAUUAUUCUUGGCGUUUUAUCUAUUCUAUAUUCUUCAUUUAACAACAUGUUAGAAAUACCAGAACGUGAUAUUUUAGUAACUAAAAAUACGCUAUCAAAUAUCAAAUUCUUCUCAGUAGUGGAAGUACUUAUUGUAAUUUUAAUAUAUAUAUUCCGACAAAAUAAAAUUAUUAAUAUUUUGAACCAACUGAGAAAUGUCGACAAUGAUCUACAAAAGUGUGCAGUUUUUACGUCGGAAAAUAAUUAUAUUGUCGUUCACUUUAUAUUUUUUGGAAACUUUUUGAUCUACUGCUGUUAUUUGGCGAUGGACUGUUAUAUUUAUCAAUUUGAAAAUAUAUUGCUACAAAUAGUGAUGCUCCACUCACCUAUUAUUAUCUUUAGUUGGAUAAUAGUCCAAUACACGAUUCUACUUGACAUCAUUGAUAAGAGAUUUAAAAGUAUUAACUUGAUGAUCAUUAAGCUAAGCGAUACCAAAAGUCAUCUUAAUCAAUCUCAAAUAUUGUUUGUUUCAAAAAAUCUUUUAUUACGCGACUCAGUACAUUAUGAUGUCAAAAACAUUAAGUGCGCUUACGUCAAAUUGUGUGAAAUAUGCGGCGACAUUGCUGAUUUUUAUGGAUUACCGAUUUUAAUUGCCAUUACGUAUAUUGGUGGAUCAAGUAUAUUAAUUUCAUAUUUUUUUAUGUUGUUAUUCUCGGAAACAAUACAAAUAGAUUAUAUCGUAUGCCUAUGUCAAGGUAUGCGAUUACUAUGGAUGGCUCUACUAAUUUUAAUGUUAACAACUUAUGUCACUAAAACAAUUAAUCAGAGCAACGAGACGGCCAAUAUAAUUAAUGUACUUAUGGAUCGAUGUGCAAUGGAUGAAAAAGUUGAAAAAGAAUUUGUAAAAUUUUUACGCCACCUUUUGUUUCGGAUGGUCAAAUUUACCGCCUGUGAUAUUAUAUCAUUAGACUGUAGACUUUUGGCGACUAUCGCUGGCACAGUUGUAACUUAUAUUAUUAUUCUGAUACAAUUUCGCACAAAUUAGCAUUGAAAUUAACUGAUAAAAACAAAUUAUUAAAUUUUAUUUAUGUUAUAUAUAUAUCUAUAUAUAUGUAUAUAUAUAGUUGAUGAUUUUCAAAUUAUACUAACAAUAAAAAAAAGUCUUUAC